CUUACUCUUCGCUUUUCCCUUUCAAAUCUCGAAUCACAUAUCUGAUCCUUUGAACUUCCAAGUACUUGGGUCCUAAACGCGCUGACAAAGAGCGUUAACGUCUGAAUGGGUCUACUCCGGUCCGGCUCGGGUCCUUUGAACUCACCGACAGCCACCCCCGCGUCUGUGACAAAAGAACUGCUAACAGUUGACAUCCAUCAAAGCGACAAUAAUGCUGAGUAUUACAGCUCGCAUCAUUUCCCCCUGUAGCUCGCGUCCCAUUUCACUAUCUUGAUAUUUGCUGUCAACACAUCUGCAUGCACACCUGACAACCAUGACUACUCAGCUAGAUGACCCUUUGCACCAGCUACAACAGCUUGGUAAUCUAAUACAAUCUUCUAUAGCCGACUAUGUGAAGUUGAAACAGGAAUCUGUUGAGAAUGCCGAAUCAAAAUUGCCUGAAAAGUCUCUCUUCGACGCGCAGAGGACGCUGCUUGCUGCUGCCGGGCUUCUGACAGAACUAGUCAGCCAGCCUCAGAAUCGGCUGCUGGAGGUUUCGUCGCAAUAUUUUGAAGCGCGAGCUUUGCAUAUUGUCGCAGAUAAGCGCAUACCUGAUAUUCUUGCUCAGAGUGGCGAUGCAGGUGUUGCGAUCAUUUCCCUAUCCUCCGCCGUUGGAAUCGAGCCCCGAAAGCUAUCUCGUAUUAUGCGCUGUCUCUGCUCUAUUCAUGUCUUUCACGAAAAGGGGGAGGACGUGUUCAUCAACAACCGCAUCUCGUCUUCACUGGUUGGUAACGAGCCCUUACGUGCUUAUAUCAUGCUGUUCGGACUGGACUUGUAUAGCAGCUCAGAUUACCUACCGCGUUAUCUCAGCGAUCCGGUCAAGGGACCUUCAUAUGCAUUGGAGGUCACACCCUGGCAAGAUGCACUCAAAACAUCCAAGCCGCGCUGGGACUGGCUCGAAGAGAGCGUCCCCAUCCACGACCUCGAGGCGGGUAACAACUCUUCUGACGGUGGAUCGUCUGCCUAUCCCGGAGUUUUCGGCGAUGAGUUAGCGAAAGCAUGCGACGGCAAGACGAGCGCUACGCUGAUAAAGCGCCCGGAGCAUAGGAUUUUUGGGCUCGCGAUGGUUGGUGGGGGUCGCGUCUUCGGUGCAGCUCAUCUAUAUGACUUCCCCUGGGCAACUCUUGGUUCUGCCACCGUUGUGGAUGUAGGCGGCGGCGUAGGCGGUUUCUGCCUUCAGCUAUCACAUAUCUAUCCGGACCUCCAAUUCGUCGUCCAAGACCGUGCCCCGGCCCUGCAACAGGCACAGACUGAGGUAUGGCCGCGCGAGAACGCCGAAGCGCUGACGGCUGGCCGUGUCAAAUUCAUGCCUCAUGAUUUCUUCGAUGUGAAUCCGGUCAAGAACGCCGAUGUCUAUUGGCUGCGCUAUAUCCUUCACGACUGGUCGGAUGACUACUGCGUGCGUAUUCUCAAUGCUAUCAAACCCUCUAUGGGUCCCCGCAGUCGAAUAUUGAUAUGCGAUCAAGUCAUGAACACGACCAGAGGAUGCGCGGAACUACCUGCCGCACCUGCACCGCUACCAGCGAACUGGGGCUAUUACACAAGAUAUUCGCACCAGCGUGAUCUUGCCAUGAUGUCUAUUAUCAAUGGUAUCGAGCGGAAGCCAACUGAAUUUAAAGAUCUCGUUGAUAGAGCUGGCCUGAGACUGAGGAAGAUCUGGGACUGUCGUAGCCAGGUAGGACUAGUGGAGAUAGUGUUACCUGGGUCAAAGCUGGAUUGAGCUGGGUGUAACAUAAUCAUGUCUAAUAGAAUGUAUUCAGACAAUAAGAGCACAGGUACAAGGAAUAGUGGUAAUAAGAAAACUAAGCUUCGGUAACUAGUUGGUACAAAGACAUAUAAGUCACGUGCUAUGCUCAUA